CUUAGAUACAGUCGAAAUAGACAAAAUGAGUGACGUACUACCGUUCAUAGAGGAUUCAACACCGACUGUGAGCACCACGACCGCUUCAGCAAAAGCAUAUGUGGCGUCAGGUGCUUCUCAAUCAUCAACAUCAAGUACUAUGCCAUCGGUAAAUUCAUCAUCAACGACCAAUACAACGACCAUUAAUACGGGAAAUUCAUCAUUAAGGAGUAUUGUAGACUCAUUAAAAGUGGGUGAUAAUACUUCAUCGACUAAAGUGGAAGAUAAUCUGACAAAUAAUCGAGAUGAUAAGUCAUCUAGUGGUAAUAACGCCAUAACUUCACUCACGUUAGAACAAGUUAAUGAUGAUGCUGAUGAAUUAAUAGAAUUAAGAGGUGAGGGAAGAUAUUUUGGAGUUAUUGAUCCCAAAUCAGGAGAUUCCAUUAAUCAAGCUCAUGCUUUAGGACCUUUAUGUGGAAAUUGUCAUAAACGAGGUCAUAUAAGAUCUAAAUGUAAAACAGUUGUAUGUCAUAAAUGUGGUGUUGUAGGAGAUCAUUAUGAAACUCAUUGUCCAACCACUCUUAUUUGUUCUAGAUGUAAUGAAAAAGGUCAUAUGGCUAUUAGUUGUACUAAUAAAAAUAAAAAGAGACAAUAUUGUCUGACAUGUGAUACAUUUAAUCAUAGUUCAGAUACUUGUCCAACAAUAUGGAGAUCAUAUAUAGUGGUUAAAUCAGCAACAUCAAAUGAUAAAGAAUUAGAUCAAUCAAAUUUACCAAAUUUAUUCUGUUAUAAUUGUGGUAGUAAUGAACAUUAUGGUGAUGAUUGUAAUGAAUAUAGAACUUCAAGAGUUCCUAAUUUUGGUAGUGCAUUCUCAGGAAGUAAUUUACCUAAAAACUUAAGAAGUGCUUAUUUUAAUAGUCUUUCUAAGUCUAAAAGAACUAAAUAUCUAUCAGGAUAUAGAAACUUCCAAUCUCAACCAAAUCAAAUGCAAUCUUCUUUUGGACGUCCUCAAUUUGGUUCUCCUUCUCCAAUACCAUCUCUUUCAACCCAAUUACCACCUCGUAAAAGCAUUCCUACAGGUCCAUCGGGUAGCAAUAACGUUACUGGUGAAUUGGAUAAUUUUGUCAAGAGCUUAGAGCUGCAUGAUAACAGGAAUAACAAUAGGAAUAGAAAUAACAACAGCAAUAAUUACAACAACAACAACAAUAACGGUAUCAAUAAUCAUAACAACAACAAUAACAAUAAUAAUAACAGGAAGCGUUCUUCAAAUUCUCCUAAUUUUGAUAAUUUAAUGAAAAAGAAAACUGUACGUAAUCAUGACAUAAUGAGUCCUGCUGUUAACAAUGCUGUUGAUCACUUCUUUCCUUCGGCUGCUACAGCGGUUAAUAAUCUUAGAGGUAAAAAUAAUUAUAACAAUAACAAUAACAAUAACUACAACAACAAUAAUAAUAACUACUACAAUAAUAAUAAUGAGAAUAAUGGUCCGUCCAGAUCGGGAGUACUUUUUAAGAAUAAGAAUAACCAAAAUGACUACAGAAAUAACGGUCCUACAAGAUCAGGAGUGAUUAAUAAAAACACUUCGAGUUCUGCUGGUAUAAGUAAACCCUCCAGAUCAGGAUUAAUUGAUAACAGAAGUAAUAAAGCUAAGAACAACAAUAACAAUAACAACAAUAAUCGACCCAAGAUGUUAAGGUAUUAGCUUAUUAACUCCUACUUUGUACUAUAGACUCAUUCUCUAAACCUGUAUUUAUUUAUUGUAACUGUAAUAAACUCAUAUGCCUAUGUUUGUGAGAAUUCUAAAUCUAAAUAGCCAUACCCAUACUUUAUUAAAUUAUUUUUUUAAAUUAUUUUAUAAUUAGUUCAUAAAUUAUUUUAUAAAUUAACAUCUACUUACACGGCAUCGAUUUUUUUAUCUAUUUAAUCUAGCGUGCAUCGGAACAAAAGUUCCGGCGCGGGCUCGGAACCUCCUGCCAAAAGAAGUCAAAUUUUUAUCAGAUCAAAUAAGCUC